AUGGUGCCAUUGGAUACAGAGUCCAUUGAAGGACUCGAGAACAAACAGUUCGACUUUGUCAUUGUCGGUGGAGGAACUGCGGGCUUGGUGGUGGCCAACAGACUUACAGAAGACCCCAAUGUCAGUGUCAUUGUCCUGGAGGCAGGGACCAAUCGUCUCAACGAUCCUCGAAUUAUGGUGCCGGGCUUAGGGGUGACCACGUUUGAGGAUGCAGACUUCGAUUGGAACUUUCGAUCAAUUGCUCAGGAACAACUCAACGGUCGCAAACUCCUAGCAAGCAAAGGUCGGACGCUCGGAGGCUCCUCAGCUAUUAACUUUGGUAUGGUUAUUUACCCUUCGCGUUCCGGAUUGAAUGCAUGGGAGGCAUUGGGAAACCACGGCUGGGGUUGGGAUGACCUGUCCCCGUAUAUUCGCAAGUUUCAAAAAGGCACUCCACCUUCGGAUGCAAACCGUGAAUUUUUCAAGGGGAUGAAGUAUGAUCAGAAGGAUCAAGGUGCCGAUGGUCCUGUUCAGGUGUCAUUUGGAGACCAAUAUAUGCCGUAUCACGCUGCGUGGAUGGAGACGUUCAAAACGUUGGGAUAUCCACAGGUCGAUGAUCCGAUCAACGGUGCUGGUACCGGACCCUUCGUGACUCCAGGUGCAGUGGAUCCAACGACCCACACUAGGAGCCAUGCUGGAGCCGCUUAUCUAGGGCCGGAAGCCCAGGCCCGGCCAAACCUACGAGUUGUGACAGGGGCUUUGGUUCAAAACAUUGCGCUCGAGAGACGAGGCGUCAGAGUCACCGCCACUGGCGUUCAAUUCUUGAAGGACCAGAAGACGCACACUACUUUAGCCAACAAAGAAGUCAUUCUUGCUGCAGGAGCAACACAAACGCCUCAGAUUUUAGAGCUGUCUGGUAUUGGAGAUGAGAAGGUCCUCCGGGCUCACGGGAUUGCCCCGAUUAUCAACAACCCUAGCGUUGGGGAGAAUUUGCAAGACCACGGCAUUGUUGCGUUUGGAUACGAAGUUGAGGAUGGGCUUCCAUCCGGUGAUAUGGCCAGGGAUCCUGCCGUCGCGGCCGCCGCAAUGACUGCUUAUCAGACGGAUGGCUCAGGUCCCUUAGGCAUGGUUCCCUUUGUCUCCGCGUUUAUGCCGUGUGUCAACCUCCCCGAGGAAGAGCGUGAAAAACUGCUUCAAAAUCUCCAAACGUCUAUCGAAAGCCCCAGCACUCCCCGAGCACAGAAGAAGCAAUUCAAGGCAGUACAAGAGCUGCUUAUGGAUCCAGAAGAACCUACAACUCAGUACAUCAUGGCGCCAUUCCAGAUGCUAGCACGAGAAGGCGAUAACCCUAAGCGUCUGUUUGGUAUGGGCCAUCCGGGAUUUUUCAUCAGCCUUGUCUCCCUCCUUAGUUAUCCGCUGUCCCGUGGAUCGGUCCAUAUCCAGUCUGCCAAAGCGGGAGCUGCUCCCAUUAUUGACCAUGGAACGCUACGUCAUCCAGUUGACCUAGAAUUUCAUGCCCGCCACAGCAUGUGGUUGGACAAGAUUGCAGAGACUGAACCAAUGGCGUCUCUCCUCAAGAAAGGAGGUGAGCGACUGCACACACCGGAGCCAUUGACAGACUUGGAGAAAGCCAAGCAACUGUGCAAAGAACUUGUUUUAUCUAUGUACCAUGUCAGUGGAACUUGCGCAAUGAUGCCUGAGGAGGAUGGUGGCGUCGUGGACUCUCAUCUCAAGGUUUAUGGGACUACGAAUGUGAGAGUUGUGGAUGCUAGUAUCUUUCCACUGGUACCUAGGGGAAACAUCCAGGCUACUGUGUUCGCGGUGGCAGAAAAGGCGGCGGAUAUUAUCAAGCAUGAUCUGAAAUAG